AUGAGUCCCGGCCAGAGUCAACACCCUCGGAACAUUACCCACACAGAAGAAGACAGCGACGACGAAAUGUGGGACUGGGAUAUACGACCGAAGCCCUCAGAGGGCCCAUCCGCAGAGCCACUACUCUCCGAGGAAGCUUCAGGCGAUCGCGAGAGGGGGAGAAGCAGCUAUGAAGGCGUUGAGGUAGACGAGAGGGCUCGGGAAAGAAGGCGACAUGAGAUGCGGAGCAGAAGCCCAACCAGCGCUUCAGCUAGAGCCGAGAAUCGUAAAAAGUACGUGAUGGCGGCGAUCUUUUUGGUCUUAUCGCUCGUUUCGUUUGUGGUACAAACUGAAACGGCUCAGUACAUACAGCUUGAACUCGGAUGGCAGAAGGCAUAUGCCAUGUUAUACUUAACCCACGGGUCCUGGGUUGUUCUCUGGCCUACUCAGCUUCUGAUCCUCAAGAUGCGUAAACCCAAUACGCCAUGGGGGGCAUUCCUCACUGGGCAUCUUAGCCACAUCAAGACCACUGCCCAGAUGAUCAUGGCGUCAUCUACCCGCCUUUCCCACUCCCAGGUCCGGGCCGAUCCGACCUACUAUAUGCUCAAAAGGAUCAUAUUCAUAACCUGCGCUCUCACUUUUGCUGGGUCAACCUGCGCAUUCUUCGCAUAUGCGUUCAGUAUCCCUAUGCUUCAUGAAAAGCCAAGAGCGCUGAAGAUCGGGAGUGUGGCAAUCGCGAUUGUAGGUGUACUGGUUGUCGCAUAUGGUGAUGGUAACAGCGUCGACGAAAAUGAGACGCAAGGUGAGAAGAACCGUGUCCUAGGAAACAUCAUUAUCGGUAUCGGGAGCGUUCUUUAUGGGUUCUAUGAGGUCCUUUAUAAGAAGGUAGCGUGUCCGCCCGAAGGUACAUCCUCGGGUAGAAGCGCUAUUUUCGCAAAUACCGUAGGCUCCGGGAUUGGGGCUUUCACUUUGUGUGUUUUAUGGAUCCCAAUACCGAUCCUACACUGGACCGGUAUCGAGACAUUCGAGAUCCCAAGCGGUGAGGCGGCUAUUAUGCUUGCCAUCUCCGUCUUCUCCAACGCUGUGUUCAGCGGGUCUUUCCUGAUUCUCAUGAGUCUCACUAGUCCCGUUCUGUCUAGCGUUGCUGGGCUACUCACAAUCUUCCUGGUUGCAAUAACUGACUGGUUCAUAUUCGGCACCCCGAUAAGCACCGCGGCGUUAUUGGGUGGAGUGCUAAUUAUUGCGGCGUUCGUACUGCUGAGUUGGUGUACAUGGGAGGAGAUGAAUGAGGAGAAACCUAAGGUAGAGGAUGAUAUUACUGAUGAAGAUGACUGA